ACACAUAUGAAUGUGUAUUCAAGCAGAGAGAGAGAGAGAGAGAGAGAGAAAGAGAGAGACAGUGACAGAGACAGAGAGAGAGAGAAAGAGAUAGAGAGAAAGAGCGGUGAUAGUAACAGUAGUUUGAAGUGAAGGAAGAGGAACUGGUGGAGGUGUCAGUGUCGGUGGUAAUGGUGGUGGCGGCGGCGACUAAGGUGUAUGGAAACGAAGGAAAGAGAGGAAGAAGGAAAAGAGCUGGAGGAUGAGGAGGAGUAUGAGGCGGAGGAGGAGGAGGAGGAGGAAAGUCGUGGUUGGUGCUCCUCUUGCUUUGUUGUAUAUAGUAUUUCAGAAAACGUGAAAAAUUCUUCUAUGUCAAGAAUAAGACGAGAUGGUUAUAUAGUAAAAUGAUCGGUUCUAGGGUUGAUUACAUAGCUUGACAGUAAGGGAGGGACAGACUAUCGUUGUGGAAAUGUACCGCUCUGGCCGGCUUAAAAUCUCUGAGAUAAAUCCCCAUCUAACGUGCAUACUAUGUGGUGGAUAUUACAUCGAUGCCACAACAAUUAUAGAAUGUUUGCAUUCCUUUUGCAAAACGUGUAUUGUGCGUUAUUUGGAAAGUAGCAAAUAUUGCCCAAUCUGCGAUGUUCUCGUACAUAAAACUCGGCCCUUGCAGCACAUUCGACAAGACCAAAUAUUACAAAACCUUGUGUACAAAAUGGUACCCGGGCUGUUUUCUAGUAAGUGCAGCAAACUUUAUUUUUCCCAACAUUUUCAAUUGAUUGUAGUCUGGAUUUUUGUUACGUUGUGUAGCUUCAAUAUCAGAGAGUUCAGGUCAGCCACACACCAACCAUGUGGUUCGGUAGACAGUGAAGUGAACGGUCUACUCAAGGCUGGGGAGGGUGCCCGUGCACACGAAAGAAUCAUUUAUUCAGAAGAUGAAAAGAUAAGUUUAUCACUGGAAUUCAGUUCAAAUGGCUGUCCACCUGAUUGUUGUCAUCAUCAAGAAGAAAGUGACCGGCUGAAAUUAAAUCUACUGCGUGUUGCUGGUAAAUACCGAGUGAAAAAGAAGAAAAUAUCUUCUCUUGUGUCUGACUGCCGCUACCUCUUAUGUCCAGCUUCGGUAACAGUUUCACAUCUAAAAAAGUUUAUUCGAAUGAAGUUUUCUCUUUCCCCUCGAUACAAGAUUGACAUAUUCCAUACGGACGAAUCUCUGAGUGACAGUUACACGUUAAUAGAUAUUGCAUACAUCUACACAUGGCGGCGGAAAGGUCCACUUCGACUAUUUUAUAGUGUCUAUGAGAAUCCAGCCAAGCGUAUCAAGUUUUCAGAACCUAGAGAGCUUGAUGUCACUAGUCCGACCUCCACUUCAACUAAUACUCACUACGUUGCAACGUCCAUUCCGCACCCAGCUCAGAACGGUGAUAAAUCCGACAGCGAGACAGUGAAAGAGUCAGCUAGAAGUGGUGGUAGUAUUGGUGGCUGUAGUGGCGGGAGCAGCUCAAACUGCAGUAGCAAUAACAAGAACAACAUUAAGAACAAUAAGAAUAGUAGUAACAUCAACAAUAAAAACGGCAGCAACAACAGCAACAAAAACAACUGCAACAACAGCGGGAACGGCAGCCAUUCGAGCAAGAAUGCAUCUCACAAUUCAAGCAUAGCUUCAGUUAUCAUUAGCAGCGCUACAAAUUCAACAACAACAACAGCAGCAGCAGCAGCGGCGGCGGCGGCAGCAGCAGCAUCACCCAGAGCAACAAUGUCGAGCGGUGCGACUGCUCUUUCUAUUAAUAACGUCAGUGCAAGCAACGUUCCAUCCAAUGCUCUGAACCCAACAACCGCAAUAUUGACCUCACCAUCUUGUACAAAAGUGGCUUCCUCGUCCACCAGCAGCACAACGGCAUCGACAUUGGAAGUGAAGAGUACUCAGUUGACAACUGCUACUGCUGCCGCCGCCGCUGCUAUGGUUGACAACCAAAAUAUUACUUUCAAAAUGCCCGAGGAUGAGAAAUACGAAAGGCCAAAAGAUUUCAAAGAAUUAGUAUUUAAUGGACAAGUUCUAAAUGGCCAUGAUGAAAAUGUGAUUGUUAAAACUGAGCCAAUGACGGAUGCCUUAUCUGUGACGUCAUAGUUGGCGAUGAAACAUAUUGAGGCGACGCUCCUUGAGAAUUUCUUUGUUUUUUGUUUUUGUUUUUUUUUUAAAUCACAGUCACUGGUGUAGGAACUGGAAUACCAUUUUGUACCCAGUUCGGUGUUCUGCACAACAUGUAAAUAACUAUUCGAGGAACC